CUCUCGUCCACCGUGACCUUCAUCCUCUCAUCCCAGAUUAUAUUGACGCUGGAGGAUUCACCGAAAACACUCUGAGACACGUCCGAUAUUCCAGCAAACACGACCAGCGACAUUAGGACUUCCAUCUUUGAACCGAUUUCUGCCCGCAUUUUACGUACCUGUGUUUGAAAGCUAGAGUGGUGGAAAGAGCUCUAUGCCAUCGCUGUCAAUUGAAGCUCUUGUGGAGGAACGUGUGGCACAACUCGAAGUAAUUUCACAUCGCAGAAAUGAACUCCUUCGCGAAAUGUACCGUAUGAUGAGGAGACGGCAAAACGCAGGGUCCAUAUCCAUGGCUGACGAUGAGGACGAAGAUGGACUACAGGAUUGGUUAGAUAAAUAUGAUCUCAACGAGAAUCCCGAUGCGGCCAUGGUGUCAAAUAUUCCACAGAGCGAACUAUGUGCCACUUCAUCACCUCCAACUCAUGAGGAGUUUAAACCUAUAGAACUACCGGACGUCAUCGAUGUCGAUUCCCCCAUGUCAGAGCCUCCUGCUUCACCUCACUCCGAAUCAUCCAUAUUACUUCAAGUUCCAGAAUCCGAUGACCCCUUGGCCAUAUCGAUACCGGAAGGGUCACCUCCCCGCGCCACUUCCAUAUCGCACAAACGCCCGAGAACAGACGACGAGCCGGAUGAACUGAAUCUCGUAGCGCUUUCGCGAUCGCCCUCUCAGCGAUCAGUCAGUCGUCGCAGUCAAUCCCUGACCCGCCACACGUCUCGUUCGAAAUCUCGUACAUUCUCGCCACGUUCUCCUGAACAUGCAAAUGUCACCAUCGACGAGGUAAGUGAAGUCGCAGAAGUACUCGUCGACGUGGAGGAAAGGGACGUACCCAUGGACGAAGUUAGAGAACUCUCGCCUGAUCUCGUCCUUCCAUCACCUUCGCCCGGCCAGAAAAUUACGCCUCGCGCCAUAGUCUAUCCCACUGUGGACGUUGCAGUUAUUCAACCUUCCCUCCUCAUUCCCACCCCCACAUCUCCAGUGGCUGACCCGGCAUUCAGCUUCGAUGAGGCCGAGAGCGAGCCACCUGAGGAGACACCGUCUGCUGCUUCAACACCUGUAGAGGCGCCACGGCAUCAACAACAACAUCAGCAGCAACAACAACAUCAUCAUCAUCAUUUCAACCCCGCCUACAGUCUACCUCCGAUCAAAUCAUUGCCUCCUGAAUAUCUCCGCAAGAGCAAGUCUGCCAAACAGAAAAAGCGAGAUAAGGAACGUGACAACGCAGACGGAAAGACCAAGGAUGAAUGGACACCGAUGGGCCUGACCAAGUGGGGUGCAACCAUUCGUGCAAACCCUGUCUGGAAGAAGGUCUCUCGUGCCACCAAGUGCUUGAGCACGCGUGACUGGGGUGUUGCCAUUGCCGAAGUCAGGCUCACGCGUGCCCUUGAACGCGUCGAAAGCCUCGAGAAUGUCGCAAAGUGGAGUUAUAGGCAGCCCAAAAGACAAAAGAACCUCGGGGGUUUGACCAAGACCCACUGGGACUAUCUUAUGGACGAAAUGAAAUGGAUGCGCGUUGAUUUUCGCGAGGAGCGACGCUGGAAAUAUGUUCUCGCGUUUAACCUGUCGACUGCUGUACUGGAGUGGCAUGACGCAGGGAGUCGCGAGGAGAGGGUUAGGCUUGGCAUCUGUGUUUUGUGGAAGCGUCCCAGGUCUUCUCAAAAUGUCCCUAUGGAAGAUGUAGACACGGAUUCGCGGCCUGCGGAGCAUAAUGGCUAUACCCCUAUGGCAGACGAAUCCGAUGGCGAUGAAGAGGAGGGAGAGGCGGAGCAAAGAGAUAUCGUAGACGCUCUAGAGUCGCGUGACGCCUUAGAGGAAGCACUGGACGGAACAGGGUCUAAUGAGUCCAUUGACAGUAGUCAGCACCAGACUCCAGGCCCCGACCAUGUCCAGCCCAAAGUCGAAGAUGUUGAAGAUCCUUCAGCCCUGCAAGACUCAAAUACGAUGAACGUGGACGCGCAGCAGGAAGACCAAGCCAAGGUCGAGAGCGAUGAUCAGACUGGUCUCAAGGCACAUUCAACGGAUCCUAAUCUUGCCUCGCAGCAAAAUACGCAACCGGAUGCUACUCCUACGGGAUCGUCGUCCAAAGCGUCCAAAGCGAGUUUGUAUGCACCGCUCAGGGAGCAGAUCGCAUACUCGGAUGAGCUAAAGCUUUUCCUCGACGACGACGAUCUCAUCCUUGUCAAGGCACUCUCAGAUCUGACUACAGAUGACUCUGGUAUUGAGCCGUCGCUACCCAUCGCUGAUCUCUCGGACAUUUUCCCCGACCUUCAACCGCUCGGCAUGCCAGAUGUUAUUUCCAGCUCGAAUGAGGGGAAGAAGAAAGAUAAGAAGUCGGGAGAGGAUAACAGGCGUCUCGAGGAUGCUGGAUUUACGAAGAUGGCACCGUUGGGUCGCUUCAUGCACUCUAAGCCGACGCUUCUUGGACCUUUGCAACCUGCUAGGCGUUGGGUGAACGGGGAGUGGAUGUUUGCUGAAGAAGCAGCAGUGGCUGUGGAUUUCGAUGGUGCGAUUGGGAAGACAGUGGAUGAUACUGCCUCAGACCUUUUUGAGGGCAGUAGGCCAUCCGCAGUUAGCUCCCUCGGACUGCCAUCGAAAGAUGGCAAGAAGCGUUCGGAGCAUCUUUGGAGCUCGGAUGAAGACUCCCUGCUCAAAACCCUCGUGGAUAGAUAUCCCAAUAACUGGCUUCUAGUUUCGGACUCAUUCAACUCCUCGCGUGUCACUAUUUCCACUGAUAAACGAACUCCCUGGGAAUGCUUCGAACGUUGGAGCAGCCGCUUCGGUAGCGGACACAGAUUCCAUCCUGAUGUCAACUCCCCUGUCAAUGCGGAGCGCACGCCGCCGCCAGCAUCAACCUCAGCUCAAGGACAGAUGACAACGAGAGGCGUUAAGCGGUUAGCUAGUAUGUCAGUUACACAGAACCAAAGCCCUGGAGCGGGCCUGACGUCUGACACCAAAAAACGGCGGAGACAUACAUUCAUGUAUGAGACGAUGCGCAAAGCUGCGAAGAAGCGCGAAGCCGCGCAAAAAGCGUCCAUGAAUCAGCGAAAGGCAUCCAACAUUCAUGAUACACAUGGGCAGUAUCAGAAAAUGCCUAAACUGACACCAGCUGAACUUAGUCGUAUGAAGUAUGAGAAAGAGUCGAGGGAGCAACAAGAAUUACUUCUUGCGCGACGUCGCCACGAGGAACUUACUCGUCAAGCAAUGAUGCAGCGCGACCCAAGGCUGCAAGCGGCCGCGGCCGCAGCUGGUCAACCUCAACAGGCGGCGGCGACGGCAGCAGCAGCCCAGCAACAGCAGCCAAAUGGAACGCCAAGACCAGCAGCCCAGCCUGCACAGGCUGUCCCGCAAAUACGGAAUCAACCUGUGGCGCAGGUCAAUAUCUCUCAGCAACAGCGAAUGCCAACACCAAUGGCAUCAGUAGCCGUUACAGGGGCUCGUAUGUCCCCUCAGCACGUGUUGCAAGCCCAAGCCGCUCAAGCUCGUGCUAUCGCUGCAGCCGCACAGGCCGCCCAAGCUCAAGCCCAAUCCCAAUCCCAAGUGCCGGCACAAGGUAGCCCCGUUCCUACCAUAAACGGCCUUCCUGCUGGUGCCCACCUGUCACCUCCAUAUCAGUCGCGCGCUGCAACAUCAUCGCCUGGCGUGGCACCGCAAGCAACUCCUCCACGCAAUGUAGGCACGCCUUCCAACGCUGCUUCUCCCCGACCACCCUCUGCACAACCGCAACUACCCAUGCAGCCUCCUCAGAUGCCUGGAAAUACCGUUCCACGGCAGGCUCAUUACUUUCCGGUGUUGCAAACGCUUCCCGGUGGUCAAUUCACACAGGAACAGAUGGACCAAGCUCUUCGGUUGAUGCAGCAGCGGUCCACUAUGGCUCAGGCACAGCAGAAUAGUCAGUAUCCCUCGCAGACCUGAUAUCGCUUAGCGUAUAUUUUUGCCUUGCAUCGGCUACCUGUAUCUGCUGCGAUUCAUGAACACACUCACGGGACCAUGCAUGACUCCUUCAUCCAUUUUGCCUGUCUUACGACCCGGCUGGUCAUUGAUCAAGAAUUAGGCACUUGAGAGGCCACUUUUCGAAUCGAGCGUUUAGUAAAUACUCCCACUUACAAGCUUUAUUCGAUUUUGCGGAUCGAAUCUUCCUGUAAACUUCCUGUAAACUUGAACCUUAUCGCUGCGUAAUGGGACAGCACUGUCCCUUGUGCGGCAAGAUGGACAUAAUUAU